UUAUUAUAAUUAAUGUCAUAGAACAAAAGGAGAUCAAUCAUGGCUACUUUCUCUGAAGCUAUAGAACACCCACUUAAAAAAUAUGAGCUACCAGGCGCAACUAUUGGCAAGGAAAUAGCAGGUGGCGCGUAUGGGGUGGUCUACGAGCUGAUUUGGAAUGGAAUGCGGUUUGCUGGAAAGAAGAUUCGAGACUAUUUGAAGCCUAGUGUCUACACCAAAAAACUGACGGAAGAGUGCGAAAAGCUGAUGAAAAUGCGUCACCCUUGCAUAGUACAGUUCAUUGGAGUACACAGACCAGUUGGUAGUGAUUCUCUUACUAUUGUAAUGGAGUAUCUGCCGACUACACUAUCAGCUGCCAUACAGCAGUACAAGUCAUUGCCAGAAGAAAUAUCAUUCAGUAUUUUGGAAAAUGUUGCACUUGGAAUUUGUUUCUUGCACAGUCAGAAUAUAAUCCAUCGUGAUCUGUCUGCCAAUAAUGUUCUUUUAGACGACAAUAUGAAUGCAAAAUUAUGUGAUCUUGGAGUUGCAAAGAUGCUAGAUAUUGAAAACACUCAAGAUCGCAUGACCCAAGUGCCGGGAACAGCGGUUUUCAUGCCGCCAGAAUCAAGAACAGAAAGUUCCCUUUAUGGCACAGACCUAGAUAUAUUUUCUUUUGGUGUUCUUAUGGUACACAUCUUCUACGGAGAUUGGCCGGAAACGAAUUACGAUUACCCAAGCGAUACUCAAUCAAAAAUUGACCCAAAGUGGAGCAAAUAUACUGAAAAGAUCAAGUCUGAGAAUCCUGCAGUUGAGGACAUGGUGAUAAAAUGUCUUAGCAAGCCGUCGAGUAGACCAGAUGCAGUACAGGUCUUAGAGCUAAUCAGAGAUGAAAAAGCAAAUGUUCCAAUAUAUCAUGGCAGUCGAAUGAGAAUGAUUGAACAAAGAAAAGACUUGGAACAUAGACUUUGCCGAAUCAAAAACGAUCGCACGAAAGAUUGUGAGAUUAGACGAUUGACGACACAGAUAGAGGACAUCACUCGGGGGAAAGAAGAGCAAGAGACAAAAAGUGAGAGGCUGAUACAAAAUGUUCAAGAGCUGGAGACGUCAGUUGAUAUCAGAUCUAACGAGAUUCAAAUCAAGAACGAACUGAUAGCACAAAAAGAAAGAGAGAUCGAGGUAGAAAGAAAGAAAACAGAGCAGAUAAAGCAGACACUAGACCAGACAGAGUCUAAUUUAAAGAGAAUUGCACAACAAGCAGAGGAUCGAAAGGACCAAGCUGAGCGUGAGAGAAAUAUAGCGUGGCAACAGCUGAGUGCAGGGCACGAGUUUCAUUUGCUCCACGCACAAUCCAUGCUGACUUGGGAGCCCGUGCCACAAGGAGCAAGUACAACAAUGACAGCACCACAAUACAUUAUAAUCGGGUCAAAGCUCUACUUUGGAGGUGGGAACACAGAUCAUACCAAUCAAGCUGAACAAAAAGCAAUAUUUGAACUCGACACGAGCGUUACUAGCAGCGAUUCCUCCAUUAGAAAAGUCGAUCCAGAUUGUCCAUUGAUACAUUUUGGGCUGGGAAAUAUCUGUGGAAAACUGGCGGUCAUUGGAGGCCGAAAUCACGAAGACAAAACGUUGUCGAACAAAACGUACGUUCUUGAAAAUAAUCUCAGCGGCACCGCAAAAUGGAGUGAAAACGAGAUCCCUAACUUGUCCGUCCCUCGUGCAAGAGUGUGUGCCAUCAGCCAAUCAGAGGAUGAGAGCAGUACUUGUAUAGCGGCUUGUGGAGGAAGGGUUCUUGAUGAGUCUACCGACCAAGAAAUAAGCAGCAGUCUCGUUGAAGUAUAUCGUAAAGGCAGCCAGGAUUGGGUGGAGGUUAAAUCAUUGCCCGCAGCUAGAGCAGCUCUAAGAGUAACUUGCUUACACGGUAAGGCAUACUUGCUUGGUGGUUGGAACGAUAUGAGGAGCAAGAGUGAAGACGACUGUUUCAGCAUCGUCACAGAUAACCUGUUUGAAGAAAAUACUGGUAGUCGAACAGUAUGGAAAAAGCUCAAAAAGUUACCUUGCUUAUCAUCUGCCCCAGCUCAUCUAUGUGGCACACUGCUAGCGGUGGGAGGAGUCCUCAACGGAAAGUCUCCAAUACUGGCCUUCAAUACAAACAUGCAAGAAUGGAUUCAUGUCGCUAAACUGCCCAAGAUCAUCUCAAGCGCAACUGUAGCAGCUUUACCAAAUGGAAAAUUGAUCAUUUUCGGCGGGUGGGAGAAAUGGAAGGAUUUGCGAAACGAAGACAUAAUUAUUGGCCAAAUGACUGGACGAAUGUUCUAUUAACAUUGUACUUAUACUUGAUUUAUGCAUGCUAGCUGAUACUUGAUUUAUGCAUGCUAUAUAGCUGAUAAUAAUCAUGGUCUAUCCUUUUUAUACUUAGUA